AUGGACCACAAAAUGAAGUACUUUUUAAUGGUUAGUUGUUUAUUGACUUUCGUGUUAGGGGAUAAUUUCUGUGGAGGAGGUAGCUUAUUACUGUUUAGUGGGUUCAAAGUUCAUCGUCAGUAUAGAGUUACCGGGAUGAAACCAUCAUCUCAACAAUAUCUUAUUCUUAGUCAUUGUGAUCAUGGUAAAGUUGAUUAUCAAAAAGUAAUGAAGGUUAAAUCUAUAAACAAAAUCGACUGGGAACGUCCUAUAUGUAUGUUGAAACCAAGAUUAGGGAAAACUUUGAAUAAUCCAAUAGGAGACACUGUUCAAAGGUUUGAUAGACAUCCUAGAGAAUUGAAUGCAGAGCUCAAAAAAGUAUUUGGACGUAAAGGAGGAGGACCAAGAGUUUCAAAGUUCACUAACAGGUCCCUUAAACAAAGGUUUCAUGAUAUCAAAGAUCACUUAAAAGGAAAAAUUAAGAAAUUUAUUGAACAAAAUAUACCCAUUUCAAGUCCUGUCAUUUAUACUAGUCCCACUACUGAGCAACAUAUGAAUGAUAUUUCGAAUUCCUCUUUACAAGCUUCCAUGGAAUGGGAAUCAAGAAAUCUAGCAUGUUUCAAAUUAUCUAGAAGGAAGAAAUAUGCUAAGAGAGACACCACUUUCUAUAUCCCUCAAACAUUUAUAGGUGGGAUAUUCGAAUGUUUGAUUUCUCCUCAACAAAGAGCCUCUGUGUUUCAGAAUUUCCUGUUGGAGAAAAGUUUAGAUGAACUACAAUUUGAUUGUGAUGAUUCCAUGUCUAUACCAUUGUUACCUUUAAUAGCAGAUUAUAAUGGUAAGCAAUGGUGGGAAUUCAAUAAGAAUAUCUUCAACCCGUCAAUAAUUCAAACUAUACCUUUCUUAACCACUUCCAGUCCUUUGAAUAUGAGAUUUUCUUUGACAGAAACCCCCGAUAUGUCUAAAGAUACUUGGGCUACUAAAAUCAGAGUUAAUGAAGAUUAUGAUUAUACGGAAGAAGAUAUUCAUUACAUAAGUCAAGCUUUGGCAUUGACUUCAGAUUAUAUAUUUAAACUUUUUGAACCUAUUGAUUUUGGUCAAAUCUUGAACAACGUACCUGACAUCUCCCAGUACAAAAUAGCAGGGAAACCCCUUGUUGAAAAUGAUUUGGUUAUAUCUACCAUUGAAAAAUUCUCCAUUGAUCAAAAAUUAAGUAUUCUUCUUAGUAUUAAACCAAAGAAAUAUCUUCCAACCAUCAGUAAGCUUCAGAAACUUUGGGAUUCUUCCCUAGAGUAA